UCGAACUUUUUCCACCUCUACAGUGUGGGAAGUUGCAGACAAAAAGAACAAAGUAAAUUUUGAAAAGUAACCUGCAGCUGCUUUGGAUUUAGUCAGAUUUGAGCCAACACUGCCAUGGCAAAGGUAAUUUCCCAGGACACCUUCGACGAUGUGGUCCAGGAGAAUGUGGUGGAGUUCUCCAUGACGCCGACGGAGGCCAAGGAGGAAACCAUUAAGCAAUUCGAGGCGCAGGGUAUCAACCUGGCCAACAUCAUCAAGGACCUGUCCAUCAACCCGCAGACUGGCAAGCCCGUCAUCAACGAAACUGUGGACAAAAUAAAGGAGCACAUUGGUCAGAAGACGGGGGACUCGGCUCAGCUGCUGGAACAGCUGGACACUCUGGAGGCAGAGUGUCAGAAAUCGUUGGCCCAUCGUGUUCUGGCCGGGAAGAACGGCGCACAUGAUGCCCUGAUCACUCUUCUGGAGGAAACCCUCGCCUCGGACUCGCCCAACGAAACCCUCGUCAAGAAGUGCCUGGAGGCUGUCAACAGCCUGACCAACAAGCAGCCGGAUCUGUUUGACGCCGAGGCCAUGGCCGUGGUGCUCAAGCUGCUGGCUCUCAAGGAGCGCGAGGAGAUCACCCUACUGACGCUGCAGUGGCUGCAGAAGGCCUGCAUUAUGCACGAGAUGAACCGUCAAAAUAUAAUGAACACGCCCGCCUUGAAGCUGAUGAAGCCGCUGCUGGCCAAAUCGAAGGAGCGUCUGGUGCGCGAGCUGACCGCCGUUUUCCGCUUCCUGGUGCUGGAUGACGACAUCCGCGUGGAGUUUGGCUGCGCCCACGAGCAUGCCCGACAGAUAGCAGGCGAGGUGCUGCUCCCAUUGGUGGAACUGCUUCCUGCCUACGAGGAUCCGAGCGUGCUGGCCGAUCUGCUGCUGACCAUUGGCACGCUGGCUGUGCGCCAAGAACUCUGCACCGCCAUCGAUGAGGCGGGCGGACUGAAGGCAGUCUUCGAAAUCAUGAGCAAAAAUCUGGACGAGGUGCGUCUGAACAGAGAGGCCCUAAAGCUGUUACGGGCUUUGGCGGGCCACGACUCGGUGAAAGCACACAUUGUCCAGCAGGGCGUGGCCCCCAUUAUCAAACAACUCCUGGAGACGCACCAGACCAACGAGAACAUCGUUGCUGCCGCCCUGGCCUGCGUGACCACGCUGACCCUCCGCGUGCAGGAGCACAGUGCUGCCUUUUUUGAAACCGGCAUUGCAGAGGUGAUUGUGGAGGCGCUGCGCGCUCAUCCCAAGCACAAGAUCGUCCAGCGCAAUGGAGCCUGGGCCAUUCGCAACAUGGUGUCACGAUCGCGCAAUCAAUGCGAGACCUGGAUUUCCUUUGGCGUCGAGGACCUGCUGAACGCUGCCAUGAAGGAGCACCCCAGCGUGGAGCAGGACAUCAAGGCGGCCCUGCGGGAUCUCGGCUGCAAUGUCCACCUGCGCGAGGAGUGGACGGGCAAGGCGGAGAAGAAGAUCGCCGCCUGAUGGCUUGAACUUGUAUUUUUUAUUUUUAUAAAUCUACUAACUUAUUAAUACUAAA